AUAUCGUCUAGCUCCACAUUUUCAAGGGACAAAACGUCUGAUCCAACCACCACCAAAACCAGCGCAAAGAUGAUGAGGCGUUCGCAAGCCCUCUCGCAGCUCGCCGUCCUCCUCCUCUUCCUCCUCGUCACGCCCAGCGCCUCCACCCUGACCCUAGACGAGGCCUGCAAGGCCGUCGGCGCAAGCAACAGGGGCGUCCGCUACGACUACUGCGUCAAGUUCUUCCAGGCCUGCAAGGGCAGCGCCACCGCGGACAGGCGCGGCCUCGCUGUCAUCGCCGCGAAGAUCAUCCGAGCGGCGGCCGUGGAUAACGGCAAGCGCAUCGCCACCAUCAAGGCCUCGCGCGGGGACGACAAGAGGAUCCUGGGGCCGCUGGCCGACUGCGACGAGCUGUACUCGAGCGCCGUGGACCAGCUCGAUGCGGCGGCGAGGGCCAUCGCGUCGGGGAACUUGCAGGACGCCGUGACGAACCUCAGCGCCGCUGCGGACGCCCCCCAGACCUGCGAGGAUGGGUUUCGCGAGCUGGGCGUGAGUUCGCCGCUGGCCGCCGAGGACUCCGAGUUCAGUAAGGAGUGCUCCAUCGCGCUAGCUGUAACGAACACGCUGUAGCCAGAGUGGUAGAAUCAUAUGCAUCAAUAAAAUCCUGGACUCUGUCCCAUAAAAUCCUGGACUCCGAGUUCAUUAAGGAGUACUACAACAUUAGACCAGAUAUAUAAACUCCGCAAGUACGCUUAGCCGCACUUUCCGCUUGUUGUUUAGGACAUGUAUAAUGUUUGAUAAAAUAAUUUUAUUUUAAAUCUUGCAUGUAAUUUAAAAAUGAUAAA